GACGCGCGAGCGAGACGCGGGACGCGGCGGACGCCAUUACGGCGCUGGCAACCCUGCGCGCAACGUUGUUGCACUUUGACAUGUCAAAGCAAAGGGAACCGCCAAUGAGCAGGUAGCUCUCAACGCUAGCCGCAUCAACGUCGGGGCGACGACGCUUCCGUUGUUUUGGGAGGAUUCAAAACCCCGCCGCCUUCAUGAAUCAGUUCCGCAAAGCCGACGGAGCGCUAGAGGGAUUCGUCGACUGAUAACCGCCGCGGUGUAGUUCGACGGCGUCCGGAGGAGCCUCCUGCGCGAGUGAAUCACUGCUGCGGAUACCCAGCCGGUGGAUAGACGGAAGAAGCGACGGGCUCCACGACAUUCUUUCAAACGCGCGCGCGUGCGCUUGUUUGUGUGUGUGAGUGAGUGACUUGUGUUUGGCUGGGCCAGCAGCUGAGCUCCCUGCGGGGUGCGCAAGGUGUUCUCUGGUGCGUUUCUGUCUGCAAGACAGCCUCGCCGCCGCCGUCCAGCGUCGGGGCUACGACGCCCGCAACGAUCUCACGGGGACGAUGGCGUGUAAAUUAUUGUGCAGCGUGUGGAGGAUGCCUUCCCGGUGGCUAAUAUUCGGCCUCAUCGUGUCGUCCUUAUCGGUGUCUGGUGUGGAGUCCCAAGGCACCCUCGUGAUCAACCCCGUCGGGGAAAACAAGACAGAGCCAGCCGGCAAAGGGUUCGUCCUCUUCUGCAAGGGCAACUCGGGCGACGCAGACUACACGGAUUUCAAGUGGACGGGCCCCAACAACCAGGAGAUCUUGGGGGGCCCGGAUAUGCAGGUGAUAUCUACGGAUGACAGCUACAUCCUCUCCUUUGACAAGCCGUCACCCCAAGACAGUGGCACCUACACGUGUAGCGCCCUCUAUGGAAACACCAUCCGCCUAACCAUUUCGGUUCACAUCACCUUUUACCACGACAUCACGUGGGAGGAGUGCCCCCUGAGCCAGCAUGUGAUCCUGGGGCAGGAAGGGAAGGUGCGCUGCCGGGUGAGGGGCAACCCGGUGCCCAUGGUGUCCUGGACCAAGGAUGGACGGCUCAUGGACAGCCAGCGCUACGAGGGCACGGACGACGGCGUCUUCAUCCGCAGCGUCCAGGAGCAGGACAAGGGGCUCUAUCUUGUGUCUGCCAUGGUCGCCGUCACGGGAAAGUUCCAAAAGCGCAACAUUACUGUUGACGUCUACACACCCCCCAGCAUCUCCCCCAAGAUGCCACACUCCAGCGAGCUGGUGGAAGGCACCCAAGGCACGCUCAAGUGUUCCGCCGAGGGGUACCCGCCUCCGCUCUACUACUGGUUCGACCAGGCAAACCGCAACCUGAGCACGGUGAACGGGUUCCAGGUAGACCCCAAAAGCGGAAUCCUUCAGGUAAAUGCCGUCAGGAGGGAAGACGAAGGCACUUACCGUUGCCAGGCGAUCAAUCCAGCCAACUUGGACUCGAGGGAGGUGGCUGUCAAGAUUGUUGUGAUCCCCAAGAUCACGGAGUUCCGCAAUGCGACGGUGUCCGUGGGGCAGGAGGUGACGCUGGAGUGCCGGGCCCACGGGAAGCCCACCCCCGACAUGAAGAUCCGGCAGGACGGGACCACGCGCUUUCCCCUCGACCAACACUUCAAGAUCCUGCAGACGCAGAAUGACCAGCAAGAGACGGUGCUGACGAUGAGUGCGACCAGCGCAGCGCGGGAGAUGGACGGCCUGUAUUACUGCUCAGCCGAGAACAAGGCGGGCAAGGUGGAACGGGUGGGACACCUCACCGUGCAGUUCCCGCCGCAGGUGUCUGCCCGGGAGAACCCCGUGAAGACAUGGGGACAGCGCCCCGCUGUGCUGGAGUGCCUGGCGGAGGCCAUCCCCAACGCCACCCUUGCCUGGUUCUACCGCAAGCAGCCCCUGCAGGAGCGGGUCAGCCAGUACUUCAAGGUGGAGAACAGUCCCGGCGCCAGCGUGCUCACGGUGUCGCCCAGCUUCCCGGACCGGUUCGGCACGUACACGUGCGAGGCCCAGAACUUCUUGGGCAAGGGGUCGGUGGAGGUGAAGCUGGAGGAAGCCCGCCUGCCGGGGCCCCUGUCCACUCCCAGGGUGGAGGGGGUAACGCCCACCACAAUCACCUUCGCCUUCGUGCACGCCACGGACGACGGGGGCCUCCCCAUCGGCAAGAUCCUCAUCAAGCGCUGGAAGGACGGCGACCGGGAGGACCUGGCGCAGAUUCACGAAUGGAGCGACAUGGACCGCACAGACACAGUGACCCUGGACGGCCUGGAGCCCAAGACCAAGUACUGGUUCCGGUUUGCGGCGCACAGCGCGGUGGGCACGGGCCCCUUCUCGGAGACGCUCUGGCGGGAGACGCCCCCCGAGAUGGCCCCGGACCCCCCGACGGUCCUCAGCAACGAGGUCAGCAUGUACCCCAACAAGUACGAGAUCCGCUGGGCCAUGCCUCGGGACAACGGCCGCCCCGUGCGACACUUCCGGGUGACCUACUUCAAGGUGGACAAGCGUGGGGACAACCUGUUUGUGCGUGUGGGGCCUGAGAACGUGGUGCAGGUGACCAAGUGGCACAACGUGCCCCGGGUGGAACUGCAGAAGCUGCAGCCCGAGAGCUACUACCGGGCCGAGAUCGAGGCCUACAACGACAUCGGCUACAGCGAGCGGGUCGCCCUCGUCUUCCGCACAGCCAGGGGGGAGGUGCCGGAGGAAGAGGGGCAGCAAGCCCGCCUCGGGGGCACCCUGGUGCUGCCUCUGACCACCAUCGUGGCUAUUGUGGUGGCGGCAGUGCUGCUGGUGCUCCUGCUGCUCGACGUGGUCUGCUACCUCCGCUUCCGAUGGGGAUUCCUCUUCUGCCUCAGGCAUUCCUUCUGCGGCUCGGGAGGCUCCAAGGGGAAGGGAAGUCCAACGGAGGACGACGGCAAGAGCAGCCUGCCUGCAGUCACCGAACCGGAUCGGGAGAAGACAAAAUCAAACGCUGAGAAAUGCGUCUCCACUGACAAGGAAUUGUUGAGUGGCCCCGACGAGAAGACCAGGGACGCUUCGGAGGACACGCCAAUGAUUGACACGAAAGGGUUGAAGGACGGCAAGCAGCACGACCUCAGGUUCGAGCCACCGCCCGCGAGCGACAAGAACCACUCGUCACUCAAGGGUUCCAAGUCGAGCAUUGCCAAGGACAGCAUGGUCUGACGCCCCACGCCCGCUUCCCUUCCCGACCACGGGUUUCCCGCCGCGUUGGCCGUCCCCGGACCGACGACGACGGCGGUAGCGACGAGGAGCUGAGAGGGGGCGUGCAUUCAUGCACGGGACCGGGCCUCACUCUUUUCCCGAUGAUCGCCGAAACCCGCUCACUCUUCUCCCUCCCUGGCUGCGGCGGGGUGCUCUUCGGCGUGUGUCGUCCUCUGGCAACUCGCGUCUCCCUGGAUGCUCCCUUCUCUCUCUCUCUCGCCCCCUCCCCCUUCGUUUGUCGUUGCCGUACCAAGCAGUGCCGUACCAAGCGGGUCAGGCUCUCUUAUUUCAACAGACGGCGUUCAUUGGUUUUUUUUUUUUUUUUGUUCAUCUCGGGGUUAGGGCGGGAGGGAGGGAGUUGGACGUGUCGCAGAUUGGAAAAUCUAGAUUUCCGCGAGCGAGAGUGCAGCUUGUUCGGUGAGCUCUUCGUUUUCCUUCUUUGCGGUGCUCGACAUGCAUCGUUUCGCUCUAGAGACUGAUUAUUUAUCCUCAUUAUUCGGACUUCUCGGGGCAUCUCAUCUCCACGUUUAUGUCAAGCAGCAGUGUCGUAUUUCAUCAUUUACAUUUUUUUUAGGGUGGUAUUUUGUUUUAUUACUCCUUAUGUAAAGCGUGACUGCCUAUUUUAAGUUUUUAAACUCUCGCUCGUACCGAGCGGGAAUACAUUUGUGGUGCUCAUUUAACGUGCCACGGAUGUGGCAUCUAGAACAAAAAGUGAGACUUCCCGCGAACGUAACUCUAAAAGUCAAUCUUCACUUAGUUCCUUUCAGAACCUUCAUCUGUAUGCCUAUUCAACGGAAAGUGAACAGUCAUUUUUUUUUCUCGGCCCAUUGAAGUUUCUUAUGUGGCUUCGCUGCAAGUACCACUACUGCUCUCACAUCGAAUCAUUCCACGUACGCCAUACUUGCACAAGUUAGUACUCUUAGGGGUUUUUCUCUUUAUUUUUAUUUUUUACUAUUAUCAAUCUGCACGUGCGGAAGGACAAGUGAUUACAGAUGAGAAAGUUUUGCUCAGGUGUUUGUGAGGGGUCGUUUAGACGAGGGAAAGGGACCCCGAUCUCUUGUAGGUAAGGCUUCACUUCUUAUGUAGGUUCCUCUGCGUUUCUUUCGCACCACAACUUUUUAGUUGGAUCCACGUUUCUCUCUCCUCGCCGAGUCAGGGCGAGGAGAGAAGACACUUGUUCCUGUUUCAAGAAAGGAGCAGAAUCUUUUGGUGACCUGCGUGCAUGUGUCGUAUGUGUGUGUGCGUUGGUGUGUGCACGCAUGCUCGGAUUGUGCUUUUUACGGUUCUUCGUUUGUACAAAGUGUUCUCUAGCGUUCUUUUCGUCCGUGUGCUGCAAGCUAGACGUUGUGGGGAGCGGCAGCUCUGACGGUUGCGCCUUUCUAGUGUCGGAGUCGUCUUCCCCGCGGCCCCAUGGGCCCGGCCGGAAGUUGUUGUUAUCUAGCCUUUAUUCGCCCAUUACUCGUCGGGAACUGGACGUCGGAGGUGAUAAACGAUGGCGUAAACUACACAGACAAUUAUGGUGCGCUCAAGUGUCGCAGGUGGUGCUUCCGGUGUCCAAGUUGUUGUUUAUUCGGGGGGAAUCUCUCGUUCGUGUUUUGUCUCUGGGAAGACGACGACUGCCAUUUUGGGAGGGAAGGGGAGUCGAGAAGACGGAGCCUUGCCAGGUUGUCUGCUCUGGAACCCGGAAACAGGAGCUCGGGUUUAUUUACAAUGUUAGAUCCAUAGCUCGUGGGAGUGUGGGGGCUCUCUGUCGUGUUUCGCUGUGUCUGUUUGUCACUAGCGUUUGGGUUUGCUUGAGGGGAAGAGGGACGCAGGCGCCGCAGCAGCGAUCUCGUUGACUUCUGGUUUUCCCCGACCCGCGACCUGCCGCAGCGGUGACGGAGGUCCAUGGCUAACGAAGAGAGGAGGGCAGCUGACAACCGAACCUUGUUCCGACGGAGCGCGACGAGGCGUUUUUGCUGGCGUUCUUCGGCCGUCGUAUUUUUGUAUCUUUGACACUUAUAGGAUGGGGCCGAGAGCUGCUUUGUAUAAAUGAAAAUUGAGGCAGAAGCAAUGCGGGAAAUUUAGCUUAAUAUUGAGCCGUUCGCAGGUCUCUGGGUUUGGUUGGUUCCUUUUUUGCGCCGUGUUACUCUUUUUGCGGUUCGUUGUGGGGCUGGUUGCCAAGGACGUUUACUUGACUGUUCAUGCUACUUAUCUGUCCAUCUAUAUUGCAUACUUACAUACGCACAUAUAUUAUACAUAUACUGCUACAUAUAUAAAUAUAUAUAUAUAUAUAUAUACUUAUAUGACGAAAGUUGUUUGCUUCUGUGACGCUUAUCGGGACUAAAUGGCGCCGAGCAGUCCUCGGUCUGGUGAAGACUGUGUAAAAAACAGUUGCGAUAAAAGGUUUUCGUCGCAUGUUCUCAUCCCCGGUGUGGGUAAGUGAGCUUUCAAGGAAAAAAAAAAAAGAAGAAAAUAGUGAUAGCGUGUCGUCAACCAACCACUUUUAGCAACUCCCCAGCCAACGGUAGCUCCAGUUUCUUUUUUGGGAACCGAACGAAAGAAGAAAAAAAAAAAAAGAAAGGGAAAAGCUAAAAUAAUGCAGCACUCCCUCUGGUGCUUUUUUUAGAAACCGGUGGUUUGCUAAUACAGUUUCGUCUGCUAAGAGCACGCUGUCUGCGAACCUUCGCGGGGGAGAGGAGAGGGGGCCACGUGCCAGGGUGCACGUCUGGUCAGCGGAGUCGCAACGUUACUUUCUCUCGUUCCGCGAACAAAUAACUACAUGAAAAAGCAUCAAAGUAUGUUUUUUCGGUUGCGUGUCUCUAUUCGGAACGGGCACCGGGAUCGGGAAAUUCGCUCGUCAUCGUCGUGGAUCCGUGUUACUUGUCCGUCUUUUCUCCGUGUCGUCUGCAUCGAGGAACGUUGCAUGAAAAGAAAGAAAGCAGAAGUCAACGAGAACUGGGGCUUGUAUUUAUGCCGUCCCUGUGUUCUUGUCAAAGCUUUGUCUUCGUUACCUUUUUUUUUAGCCUCGAACAGCAUGUCAGAUUUUUAUUGUUGGUUUGACAACAGACUCUUAAGGGAGAACUAAAGCUCGGUUCUUUGAUUUUAAUGUCGCACUGGGUUUUGUAGGAUGACCACACAUUAUGGAAGUCGACUUGUUCCCGAGCUCGAGCAGCUGGUUUGGACUCUGUGUUGCCAGGUUGAUUUUCACGUGAUGUGGUUGCCCUGGUAGCACUUUGCCUAUUUUGACCACCCCGAAAUUGAUUUUGUGUAGGUUCCUGUUUCACUUGGACUUUGUUCUGUUUGUUUGGCACAGCAUGUUGGUGGUGAUGAGUGAGUGCAGUUUUAUGUGUGCAAUCGCGGGCGUGCGCGUGUUGUGUGUGUGUACAGCCGAAAGAUCAAAAGAAGCCAAAAAAAAGUUGGUUAUGAAAGGCACUCGUUUUCUGAGCGUAUAUAUAUAACUGUCUAUAUAUAUAUAUGCGUCCGCACUGUAGCGCUAUAACGACGUUUUCAUCUUUGUUUUAUUAAAAGGGUUGUAAAGUUUUUAAAGUUUGCUGCUGGAACUCGGUCUGUGACGUGUGUGCGUUAAUAAAGUUGAUUCGUAAGAAAA